UCUGUAGCCGUAGCGAUCACGUAUUCCCAUUACCGUGGCCUAAUAUGUUUUGUUUCGUAGCGGCCGCGUUUCCGUUCCCUCCGAUCGACCGCUAUAUAUAUGUGUACAUCCGCGGCGCUGCCCUGCGCUCACCCACCACACGGCACCACCGGUCCACCGCCACCCACGACGAUGCAGAUCUUCGUGAAGACCAUCACCGGGGCAACUCUCACGCUCGACGUCGAGAGCAGCGACACGGUCGACAGCGUCAAGGCCCAGAUCCAUGACAAGGGAGGAAUCAUCGUCACCUCCGACACCGACGACGACGACGGCGACCAGCAUCAGCUACCUUCUCUCGUCUACGCCGGGAAGGAGCUCGAGGCGGAGGACGGCCGAACGCUGGCCGACUACGGCAUCUGCAAGGAGUCGACGCUGCACCUCGCGCUCGGCCUCCGCGGCGGCCGCCGCGGCCGCAGCUACGGCUACUACCGGGGGGCCUGCUUCCCCUGGGCCAUCGAGCCCAGCCUCCGAGCCAUUGCGUUCGGCUACAGCAAGGACAAGAUGAUCUGCCGAAAGUGCUAUGCGCGCCUUCCUCCCAGGUCGACCAACUGCCGCAAGAAGAAGUGCGGCCGCAGCACCGACCUAAGGCGGAAGAAAUUGCGUGGACCAUGGUGAGGAACCUUUACCACGAGAAACUAGCGGGGACAUGCACACUACGUACCACGUACGAAGCCACCAGCCCCCAUAAGGACCCAUGGAUAGAUAAUUAGAUAUGUUUUCAUAGGCUUACUCUGCGCUAACGCAUGAUCUGCAUUUCUUGCUUGGCACACUAUAUAUGUGCAGAAUAGAUGGUGUAACAUUGUGUUUACAUAUUGUAUUUUCUAAGCCAUGAAGAAUUCUCUUGAGUAACGAAGCGUUCUUAGGGCUCCUUUGAUUCAUAGGAUUGACAUAAGAAUUGUGUAGGAUUUGAAUCCUAUGAAAAAAUUCCCUAUACAAGCUAUUUGAUUCAUAGGAACAUAUCCUAUAGGAAUUAUUCCUAUAGAAAUCUUGUAGUGCAAAUUCUAUAGGAAAAAAAGCAUUAGCUCAUACCUUAUAGAAAAAUUACUUUGCUACAAUCAAAGACACACCAUAUUCCUAUAGGAUUCAACUUACCAUGGCAUUCCAAUUCUACACCUUUCCUAUUCC